UAUUAGCUAAAUCAAAGACAUUUUUCUACAAGUGGACUAUCAUUUAUCAACGACCGUUCCACAUAGACUCUUCACCUGCAAGCUAAUUCAAAUCACAAGCUCCUCAACAAUGGCGUCUUAUUCUUCUUCAUCUUCCGUCGCCUUCUCCAUAAUCAUCCUCCUCAUCUCCGCCGCCUCGGCCGCCGACAAUCACCGUCCCUUUAACAGAAUCUACGCCUUCGGCGACUCAUUCACCGACACUGGAAACUCACGCGCCGGAGAAGGUCCAGCCGGAUUCGGACACCUGUCGAGCUAUCCGUACGGAAUGACCUUCUUCGGACAUCCUACGAACCGUUACUCCGACGGCCGUCUCGUCAUCGACUUCGUCGCUCACUCCCUGAACUUACCGUUCCUUCCGCCGUACCUCAGCCUCAGAUCCACCGACGGUAACGGAACCGCUACGGAUGCUAACGGCGUUAACUUCGCCGUAUCCGGUGCGACGGCGAUAAAACACGCGUUCUUCGUGAAGAACAAUCUGAGCCUGGACAUGACUCCCGAGUCGAUCGAGACGCAGCUCGGUUGGUUCGAGAGCUACUUGGAGACACUCGGCGUGGAUCAGAGGGUUUCGGUGCUCGAGGAUUCGUUGUUUUGGAUCGGAGAAAUUGGCGUGAAUGAUUAUGCCUACACCGUCGGAUCUUCCAUGUCUGAGGACACCAUUAGAACACUUGGAAUUGCUUCCUUCACGAAUUUUUUGGAGGCUUUGCUGAAGAAAGGUGUGAAGUAUAUGUUGGUACAAGGCCAUCCCGCCACGGGAUGCUUAACGUUGACCUUGUCACUGGCCGCGGAAGACGAUCGGGACAGCCUAGGCUGUGUUAGAAGCGUCAAUAACCAAAGUUACACCCACAAUCUGGUUCUCCAAUCCAAAUUACGACAACUCAGGCUACAAUUCCCGGAAGCCACGAUAGUGUACGCAGAUUACUGGAACGCGUACAGAGCGGUGGUACGGAACCCGGAGAAGUACGGGAUCAGGGAGAGAUUCAAGGCGUGCUGCGGGACGGGCGAGCCGUACAACUUCGAGGUGUUCAUGACGUGCGGUUCACCGUUCGCCACAGCCUGCGAGGACCCCGACCGCUACAUCAACUGGGACGGAGUUCACUUGACCGAGGCCAUGUACGAGGUCUUGGCCGAUAUGUUCGUCAACGGCACCUUCACUCGCCCUCCCUUCGGUUACUUGCUCAAGAAGAAGCUCAACCUUUGAUCCAAUCAACCUAUGCUUACAUAUAAUUUGAUUUCUCAUUAUAAUGAUUUUGGAAUCUCGGGUUGUUGUUAUGGUUUCGAGCGGAGAUAGCAUGAGACAGUAAGAGGAUAGAGUUUCUUGAGGUUUUAUUGGGAGAAUUAAAUAAUAUUUGAUAGGUUUCUAUGAAAGAGGAAAGGUAAAAUAGUUUUUUCUAAUGGUUUUUAAACCCAUUGGAUGUAAUAAUACAAAAUUAAAGUCGAUUUUGUGGUGAAUUACUGAAUGCGGAUUCGAAGGUU